AAUAUUUGCCAAUGUUGGGCUGAUUCGAGCGAGUUGAGGAUAAUGCGAAAAGUGUAUGCAAAAAAAGAGAGAGAAUUGAGCGCACAAAAAGGAAUUUCAAUAAAAGUGAGAAAUGGAUUAUAACUGCCGAAGCUAGUUAAUGGGAAAAAACGAGCGAACAAAACAACGAAUGAGUGAACCACGACCGCAACAUUGCUUUCUGCUGUCGCAAUGAAACGCACCUCCAAAGACAAAGUGAAACAGAAACAAUUUGUGUGUGUUCUCGCGACGAGUUCAAUUUCAUCCUGUGUAAAUAAUUUGUAAUAAAUGCAAAAUCGCCUAAAAAUUCAAUAAUCAUCGCAAAUAAUAGUUUUUUUUUAAUCAAAAAUUAAAUUAAUAAAUUAUUAUAUGUGUUGUGUGUAAAUUUGUUAAAAAGUGUAAAUAUAAGUUAAGAAAAUAAAUAAGAACCAAAGAUACAGGAAGAAUAAAUGCCGCUUCGUUGCAUUGUCAGUCGCGCUCGUUCUUGUAUGUCAUUGCCAUACCCGGACUGCAAACAGAAUAACGAGCGUUUAUAAUUUCUUGUAAUUUCUACGUCAAGUGCAAAUUUAUCAACAGUAGUAUUUCGUGUGAAUUAACUAUUGUGUAUAAAGAGAAAUCAAAUAUCAAGAGCAAGACAAAUAAUUAAGAAUAUAUGUAAACCCGAAAAUAAAUUAUUUACACAUUUUUGCUACAAAGUUUUGUGUGUAAAUUUUAAAAAUUUGAAGGGUAUAUAUUUGUAAUUACAAAUUGCGAAAUAACGAGCAAACAACACGCGGUUGAACCGAACACUAGCAAUACACGGGCGAUUACCUAUAAAGUGGAUGAAUUUGAAUGUACCCAUACAGUCGCAAAGUCUCAUAUGUAUAUAUGCCUUCCAAAAUCCUUUGAUCAAACAACAAUGAGCGUUAAGCCGUACAUAUAAAGAAAUAAGUGUACAUGUGUUGUCGCUAUUUGUAAUUGUGUAUUGUGAGCUGAAAGAGGAUCUCAAUUGUGUUUAAGUCGAGAAAAAGCAUUUGUAAAAAAUUUGUGUGUAAAUAAGUAUAAAUAUAUAAAUUAUUGGAUCAAAUGUAAACAAACAAUAAGUGUAGUGUUAUGAGCUAUUUUAUCAACCGCAUCUGUAUAAAGCAAAGAAAAAAGUGAAUAAUAAAUAAGUGUAUUAAAGCUUUUCAAGCAUUUGUAAAUUAAAAAUAUCAAUAUCAAAAGCAGUAACGGUUUCCUGCAAUUUUACGAGGAUAAUCGAAGGCACAUCUUCACGCCGUUAAAAAAGUUGCUAUUCAACAUUUUAAAUAAAUGUUUGUGUUUAAAAGAAAAAUUGUCGUGAAAGUGUAAAAAUAGUGUGUUAAGCUCGCAUUUAUUACCCAUGGUAUUUAACAGCAUUUGAUUUUAUUCAUUCCGUGUGCAAAAGAUUAAAAAUUGGUUGUUUAAUCUUUGACCAAGUAUACUUGUAAAAAAUAAUUAUAAUUUCGCCGAACGUAAAGCUCAAAAAAGGUAAUAAGUAAUCAGAUCGACUUAUUACCAAUCGAAAAGAAAUACUAGUGCUUCAAAUUUUAUUUCGCUGUUGUGCGUGUGUUAAGUAAAAGCCGUCAAAAUAGAGCUGUUACCAACGCCCACGAUUUCCAUAUCCACGGUUGCACCGCCAACGCUCUCGCCCCAUCAUCAUCCUCACCAUCAGCCUCACCAUCUCCAACAAUCUUUUCAACAGCAGCAGCAACCACCGCAGCAACAACAACAUCAUCAUCCUAAUCUGCAUACACCAUUCGGUGGUGGCUUUCAUCAUCCUUUCCCGCCACUUUUACCGCAUCAACAGCAACAGCAGCAACAACAGCAAACACAAUCGCAACCUAAUUUUCUGCUAACACCGCCACUGCCGGCAACGCCGCAAUCACAACUGCAACUGCAACAGCAGCAGCAUCAUCAUCAUCAACAACAACAACAACAACAGCAGCAGCAGCCUCAUCAGCAGCAACAACAUAUGAAGUUAUUAGGUGGCAACGAUGAUCGUAAUGGGCGCGGCGACCAAAGUAUUCCGCGCGUGCAGGAAGAGGCAGCUGGCGGCUUUAUAUUUCAACCGCCCGGCACAUCCAUGCAUGACAUGGCUGCUGCUGAAUAUGCUGCUCAAUUUGCGCAGAAACGCUGGGCUUGCGGUGAUGAACAUCCUAUUGAUAACCCCGAUAAAUGGAAGUACAAUCCACCGCCGCAAAUAAACCCGGGCAGUGGGACACCAGGUGCAUUACCAGGCAGUGGACCGGGCACCAUUGGACCCAUUGGUAUGGGCGCCAACAUCGGUAGUAUCGGUACAAAUGGUGGUAUGCACCCAUCGAUGGGUGGACCCUCUCAGAUGGGUGUUGGUCAGAUGGGUGUGGGUGGUGGAAGUGCAGCCGCAACUGCCGCUGGCAUGGCUGCAAUGCAUACUGCUGCUGUGGCAAAGCACAAUCAUAUGAUGUCACAGGUUGUUGCUGCACAACAGCAACAUCAGCAACAGCAACAACAACAUCAACAACAGCAGCAGCAGCAGCAACAGCAUCAACAACAGCAGCAGCAGCAGCAACAACAUCAACAACAGCAGCAGCAGCAACAUCAACAACAGCAACAACAACAACCGCCACACCCGGCACAUCAUCAAUCGGCGCAACAGCAGCAGCAACAUGGUGGUAACGGUGGUCAACAGAUGCCAAUGUCCCAUUCACAACAGCAUCAACAACAACAACAUGGGCCGCCACACCCCUCUCAAAUGACGUCACAUCAACAGUUCGGUUCGAAUUUACUGAAUCAUGCCAUGAAUAAUCCAGCAGCUGCUGCGGCGGCUGCCGCUAUUGCAGCAAGCAUGCAACCACCGCACAUGCAAAUGCCAGCCGGCAUGCAAGCAGGCAAUUGCAAUAUGUACGAUCCAGGGGUGCAUCCAGGUGUGGGCAUGAACGGUGUGCCAAAGCCACCGGGACCACCAGGUCCACCUGGCGGACCUGGCGAGCUAGUGUACUUCGGUGGACAACCACCAAAUGCUGCUGCGGCCGCUGCCGCCGCCGCCAUGGGCAUGUUGCCACAAAAUCCAUUUAUGAAUAAUGCUGCCGCGGCUGCUGCUGCCGCUAACCGUAAUGCAGCAGCGAUCACCACAUCCACUGCCAAAAAGCUAUGGGAGAAAUCCGAUGGCAAAGGUACCACUUCAGGUGGCGUUACUGGUGGUCCAUUAAAUCCACUACACAUCCCCGGUGUUGGCGAUCAUCCAGUUUGGAAAGAUUCCACAUGGUCUACACAAGGCGAAAAUAUUUUGGCACCACCACGGCCACGCACCUUCCCACAAGCACCGGAAACGAAUGCGAGCAACAAUGCCGGUAUUCUAAGCCCACGUGACGCCACAAGCGGUUUGGGUGUUAAAAUGGUAGAAUAUGUAUUGGGCGGUUCACCGACUAACAAGGAGAGUCCACUAUCCAGCCUUGAGCCACGUUUGCGUAGUCUGAAAUUCGAUGAUAAUGAUAAACCUCAUGAUGACAAAGAAAAGGCCAAUUCUCCGUUUGAUACAAACGGCCUAAAGAAAGACGACCAAGUAACAAAUACUAACGGCGUAGCCAAUGGCAUCGAUGAUGACAAAGGAUUUAAUCGCACGCCUGGCUCCCGUCAGCCCUCGCCAGCUGAAGAAACGCUGCCACGCCCACCGGCACUACUCGAUCCCACACAACAUGGUGGCUUCCCAACACAUCCUUUCAAUCACAUGCUCAAUUCCAUGGAUCAUCAAGGUGGACCGGGUACGCAAAUGAACUCAUAUCCGCCACAUCAAAUGCAAAUGGGUCAACUGCAACCGCCCGUAAUGAACGGCGUUGGUGGCAUGCAAAUGGCACAGAGCCCCAUGAUGAACCAUCAGGCACAAGGACCGAAUCAAAUUGAAUCUCCUGGAAAUUUAUUGCAGCAACAACCACCAAAUUUUGAUGUACAGGUAGGUGACAAUGUAAGUUCAACCAGCUCUGCCCUUGGCGUGGAUUAUGGAAAUGCUGCUGUAAGUGAUGACGUGCUAACGCUAGCUUUGAAUCAGAAUCAACAACUUUUCCGCUCACAGAAUCCUGGACUCGCUGCCACAAAUGCCGCGGCCGCCGCUGCUGCUGCGGCAGCUGCCACAUCGGCUGCGCCACCUGGUGCACCGAACGGCACAAUGCAGCCGCAGCAGAUGGCGCAAAUGGCCGCUUCACAGCAGUUUUUGGCCGCACAACAGAAUGCCGCCUAUGCCGCGCAACAAGCAGCUCCCUACGUCAUCAAUCCAGGACAAGAUGCUGCACCCUAUAUGGGGCUGAUAACUGCACAAAUGCCACAGUAUUACGGUGUACAAUGGGGCAUGUACCCCAGCAAUCUCAUACCACAACAGGGCACACAGCCGCGACGGCCGUUGACGCCAUCGCAACAGGGCGCUGAGAAUCAGUCCUAUCAGGUCAUACCGGCAUUUUUCGAUCAGAGUGGUUCGCUAGUGAUGGGACCACGUACAGGCACACCGAUGCGCCUCGUUAGCCCAGCACCGGUGCUGGUGCCACCAGGAGCGACACGCGCCGGCCCACCGCCACCGCAGGGCCCACCACAACUAUAUCCGCCUCAACCGCAGACGGCACAACAGAACUUGUACUCACAACAGAAUGGUUCGAGUGUUGGAGGACUCGCCUUGAACACCAACUCGCUGACCGGUCGCCGCGAUUCGUUUGAUCGCAAUACAUCCGCCUUCAGCCCAUCGGCAGUUGAUUACAACAACAGCAGCACCAGCACACUACAAGCCGCUGCAGCUGCAGCCGCCGCCGCUGCCGCCGCACGCGGCAAAUGGCCCGCCGCUGUGACCAACAGUUAUGGUGCAUUGGGCGCCACCGCCACGGCUAGUCCGAUUGGCACGGCCAUUACACCACCACCGCCGCAAUCAUGCCUUGUUACAAAUCGUGCACCUGGCGCCGAAACCAAAUAUCGCCAGCAAAUGGCAGUCGGUGCUGUUGGCCUGCCACCAUCCUCCGUUGCACAACAAGUCGCCGCUGCGGCUGGUAGUAUGUUCAGUUCAAGUAGUUCAUUCUUCUCAAAACUGGCAAUGCCGGGUGGUGCUGCUGCUUGCGCAGCUACAGCCGCCGCCGCUGCUGCCUCACGUCAUGCAGCUGCUACUGCCGCUGGCCUAAGUGCAUCUGCAGCUGUUGCUGCUGCAGCCGCCGCUGCUGUCGCCGCAGUAUCUGGUCCUCCGCAACCGGGACGUUCACGUCUACUCGAAGACUUCCGUAAUCAACGCUAUCCAAAUUUGCAGUUACGCGAUUUGGCUAAUCACAUUGUCGAGUUCUCACAGGAUCAGCAUGGUUCACGCUUUAUACAACAGAAAUUGGAACGCGCCACAGCUGCAGAGAAACAAUUGGUGUUCAGCGAGAUCUUAGGUUCAGCUUUUAGCUUGAUGACCGACGUUUUUGGUAACUAUGUCAUACAGAAGUUCUUCGAGUUUGGCACACCAGAGCAGAAAAACACGUUGGGUAUGCAGGUGAAGGGGCAUGUUUUGCAACUAGCUUUGCAAAUGUAUGGUUGUCGUGUCAUACAGAAGGCGCUGGAGAGCAUCUCCGCCGAGCAGCAGCAAGAGAUUGUGCGCGAAUUGGAUGGUAAUGUUUUGAAAUGUGUCAAGGACCAAAAUGGUAAUCAUGUGGUACAAAAAUGUAUCGAAUGCGUUGAUCCCUCGGCGCUGCAGUUCGUCAUAAAUGCAUUCAAAGGUCAAAUAUACACGCUAAGCACACAUCCAUAUGGCUGUCGUGUCAUACAACGCAUAUUGGAGCAUUGUACUGCCGAGCAGACGCAACCCAUACUCGAUGAAUUGCAUGAGCACACCGAGCAGCUAAUACAGGAUCAAUAUGGCAACUAUGUUAUACAACAUGUACUGGAACACGGCAAACCCGAAGACAAGUCAAUACUGAUCGCCAGCGUGCGUGGAAAGGUUUUGGUAUUGUCGCAGCAUAAAUUCGCUUCAAAUGUUGUGGAGAAGUGUGUUACACAUGCCACACGCGGUGAGCGCACCGGACUUAUCGAUGAAGUGUGCACAUUCAAUGACAAUGCUUUGCACGUCAUGAUGAAGGAUCAGUAUGCCAACUAUGUGGUACAGAAAAUGAUCGAUGUCUCGGAGCCGACACAACUGAAGAAACUCAUGAAUAAGAUACGCCCACAUAUGGCCGCAUUACGCAAGUACACCUAUGGCAAGCACAUUAAUGCCAAGCUGGAAAAGUAUUUCAUGAAGACAGCCAAUCCGAUAACAACAACAGCCGCAAGCUCGUCAAUAGUCGCCACUAGCAUCGCACCCUUAACAACAUCGGCUUGCAGCACAGCGUCUGGCCUAACCAUUACCACGCCUACAAGCAGCGUGACCACCGGCCUCACAGUCGGCACACCCAUAAUGAUACAAGAGAAUGGUAUUAAUGUCACACCGGUGGGUCCGACAUCGCCAGCAGCAUCAUCAUGCACCGUCUCGACCAACAGCAGCAGCGCCACCUCUGUGGUGACUGCCGUCAAUAGCGGCCUGGGACCCAUUGGUCCACCCACCGCUAACGGUGUAGCGUUGUAAAGCGCGCUAUGCAUAUUAAAUAAAUCAAUGAUAUGAAUGCUUGCUGUACAAGUGUAGCGGAAUUUCGAAAGAUAUAUGUUGGAGCGUUAUGCUGAAGGCACACCGUUUUAUUAGUUUAUAGCAAUAAGUAGCAGCAUUAUAGAGCAUAAAGCAGAAAUUUAUUAUAAUUUGAAUGUGUAACUUAGUUUUAAGAUAUGCUGUGUUUUUCGCUAUUUUAUUUAGAUUUUAAAUUUUCCAAAAACCACACACACACACACACACUUUAGAGUGCAACAAAGAAGAGAAAUGAAAAAAGAAUUUCGUGUUGAAAAAUAACAGUUUAAACGGUCGGUAAAUGCAAAGAAACCAGUAAGAUUAAUCACAAGAAUCUCGUUGAGUAAAAAAAGAGAAAAAAAGCAUUGCGUUAGCUAUGCAGCUCGUAUUUUUAUAAUAUAAUGAAAGCUAAAAACGUUUCGUAAGCGUGAAAAGUGGAAAUAAGGCCAAAUAAACAAAAAGCUAUACAUAAUAGCGCUCGAUUUAAGAGACGUAGAGACGUAAAAUCGUUAAGCUGAAUGCUAAAUAAAACUCGAUUUGUAAACAUUUAAACACGCGCGUGAAAUUUAAAACAAAAAGUGUAUUGGCACACAUGCAAAAAUAUUUUAUGAAAAACUGAAAAAGUUGUAGUUUUUAUAAAAAGAAAAUUAAAUUAAAGGCUUAUAAAAAGCAAAAGCGCUCGUUUAAGACUUUUGUUGCACACAAACUUUCUUAAAUGCAAUAGCGCGCCUAACGGUUAUAACUAUGUAGAAAAAAAUAAAACAAAGAAUGAAAUCUUACGAAGAGAACACACACACAAUUGAAUCAUAAAAACAUAAAAAGAAAAAGGCGUAAUAAAUACAUACAAGAAAGUGCUGAAAUUUUUGUAUAAGAGUAAAAAACACAAGAGAUAACAUGAAAAUAAGUUUAGUUUUAAAAACAGUUUACUAUGUAUUUCUGAGCAGCGUGCCGUUAUAUAAAGACGCUGGCAAACACACAAGUGCAGCACACGCUUGCACGUGCUCGUUGUCAUAAAAGAGUCAACGUAGCAGGGCUGGUGGCAGCGCUUAAUUAUAGGCGUUAGCGUGUGAAAAGCGGCGUUUCAAUAUAUUAAGCGUGUUGCUGCAACAAUUUUUUGAACCGUAGGUAUUUUAGUAGCUUUUCAUUUGUAAUUUAUUAGCAAAUGCAAGCAUAUAAACACAAACAACACACACUCACACACAACACAUGCAAAGAAACAAAAGCAAAACGUGCAACGCAAGCAUUUGCGGUAAGAACCAAAAAGUUCGCCAGCAAUGCUUAAAACAAAGGACUUUUAUAUAUAUAAAAAUAAAUUAAUUAAUUAACAUAACCACAAACUAAACUCACUAAGGACUUGUUGCGCACAAAUUGGCAGUUCGAUGCGUUGCGACGUGCGUGCUACAAUAUUUGAGGCGUUAUUUUACGUGAGCAGCAAUUGGCAUGUCUUGUAUAAAAUGCAUGUAAAAAUGUUCAUAAAAAUUCAUGUACAAAUUUCAUAACACAAAAUGGUAGUGUAAACAAAAAAAACAAUUUCAUACAAACAUUUCUAUGGAAACAAAAUUAAGUUACAUUCACAACAAAAUUGUCAAUAACAUUGAUUUCGUAAACUUAACUGCAUGCAGAAGUUAAAUGUUUCUUUCAAAAGCAUAAUUAUUAUUAUUGUGGCUGCAAUAUUUUGCACUAUUGCAAUUGAAAGCAAAGCAAAAAGCAGCUGAUACUCUAUAUUUACAUAUUGAAAUGUCAAACAGCAAAACAAACACAACAAAAAGCAGCUGAUACUCUAUAUUUACAUAAUGAAAUGUCACAUAAUUUUAUUCACAUUUUUUAUGUUUCAUGUCGUUUGUUGCAAAAACAUUUUUUAAUGCCAGUGCAAGUAAGAAAACUGCGUCACUUAAUAUAUAAACACUUUUCAACUAACAGCUGUGCAUAAUUUACAAAACAAACUCGAAAACUUAGCAACACUUUUGUGGCGGUGUACGCAAAAGUUUAUAAUAUAUCAUUGCAUGUAAAUAGCAACAUCAAGCGAAGCGUUAAGAUAACCUAAUUUCUCCAUAUACGUUGAAAAUUCGUUUCCAUAUUAAAAUAUGAAUUGAAAUUAUUUGUAAAAUAUGUAAUAUUUGUAUUUGUAAAAAAAAUGUAAUAUUGUGUAAAAAUUUUAAUAAUUUGUAAAAAAAAAAGUAUAAAUAAUUUGUAAAUGCGCGCUUAGUAUUAAUAGAGACAAAAACUAAAACUUGUACAAACUAUAUUUACACUUUGGCUCGUGACUGCAACGAGUUUCGACAUGCAAAGCGCUCACAAAGAAAUUCGCCAGGCACACACACGCACACGCUACCAUGAACGCCACCAUUUUGUGCGCAAAAUCGUAAUCAUUUGUGCGCCGCUCCAAGGCAAAUGAUUACACAAACAUAUAUUGUAAUUUGUAUUCGUGCGUUAAUAGACAUACAUAAAUACAUCUAAUAUAUAAAGUACAUAAUACGUAAGCAUUGUAAAUGUAAGAGUAAUAUUAAUAGUUUUUAGAGUGAAGCAACAACUAAUAAGCGACGCAAACAAGCAACUGUUUUUGUUUUUUUUUAAACCUAAAGCAAAGUAGGGUUUAUACAUAUGUAUGUAAUGUAAAAUUAUUUUUCUGUAUGUAAUGUAAAAUUAUUUUUCUGCUGUUAGUAUUCAAAAGCAAAAAUUGUAAACUUUUGUAUUAAUUGUAAGCGAAAAAAGAGUAUGCUGCUAAACACAGCGCGAAAGACAGUUGAAAAUUUCGAAAAUUUUGCUAAUUUUUUAAACACAAUUUUUAAUUGAAUUUUUGUUCUUUAGUAUUUGUAAUAAAAAAAUAAUGUUUGUGUAAUUUUGUUUGUAAAAAAUACCACUUUAGCAUACAUAUAAGCAUAAGUUUCACUAAUACAUGCACUAUUUUCGACACGCUUACGCAAAAGUGACGCGAAAAAUAUUAUGUGCUGAUUUUAAAAAUAUAAAACUAAUGAAAUUUAUGUAUUAAAAAUAAACCUAUUAUUAAUAAAUAUGUAACAUACAAAAAAGAAAAUGUAAAAUCAAAUCAUAAAACACAUGCAAUCUUGCAACGUGGAAAAUAUGUAAAAUGUAUAGGUGAAAAACAGCAAAUAAACAAUAAUACAACAGCUAUAAUAUUAUAUAAUUUAAAUUUAAACACAAAACUGUAAGCAUUGUAUUUGUAAAUCGUGCAAGUCAAAUUAAUUGUAACGUCAAUGCCGGUCGCGCACGAUCAGCGCAUUCGUUUAUGCAUUUGUACGCGCGUACGCAACGGAACAUCUGUAUGUAUGUACAAUAAAAAGUUUUAUGUAAAAUUUUGUAAAGAAAAAAUGCGAACACAAUUCCAAAUAUACCAGCAAAAGCGCAUAAAAACAUGCAAAUGUUUAAGCAAAUUAAUUUUUAAGCCUGAAGACACUUGGAAAACAAGGAAGGAAGACAAGAAAAGUUGUUGCAUGCAAAAUGAAUUUAAAUCAGCAGUACACAGAAGAAAGCAUGUUAACUUGAGGAAAUGUUUUUAAAAAUAAGGAAACUGCUAUUGGCGCUUACACACUGGCAAUAAGCGUACUUUGCGCUCAAACACACCGUUAAGCCCGAAAUUUGGUGAAAGAAGCAAAUUAAGCGUUUUUGUAGUUGUGCAGAAGAAUUAAAUGCUUGAUAAACACAAAUUUCAAUAACUGAAUUUCGGAAAAUUUCGAAAAUAUUUAUAAAAGCGCAUAUUGCACAAUAAUAUUGAUUUCACCGACAUAUUUUUGUGGUCGCAGCGGCAUAAAGUGUUAGUUGCAAGUAAAUUCAAGCAAAGCGGCUCGUAAAAUUUUAUUUUAGACAGCGAAAUCAGCUGACAAAAUACAAUAAAUUUGUCAAAAACAAAAAAAAAAAAAAAAA